UCUCUCCUAUCACCUCUUUCUCUCUCUUUCUCUCUUUCUUUCCGCUUUCUCUCUCUCCCUCUCUUUCCUUAAAAAUUUGAAUAUGGGUCCUCCUUCUACCGUUCAGUCUCUGCCUCAAUAUAAAUCAUUUGUUGUGUGAAUUUGUUUCUCUUCGUCAUUAUUACAAGCCAGAUCUGUUCCCAAAUUUUGGAACCCUAAAAUGGGAAUUGGGGAUCUUCAAGCCGCGCUCCUCUUUUUUGUGUGUUCUCUCUGGUUUAUGGAAAAAUGUAGAAAUGACUAUGAUGUUCGGAUCGUGGGGUUUUCGUUUUGCGGCGAUUAGAUCGAGCAAGUUCCGAUUUUUUAAAGCGGAAGCGUUGCCAUGGAUGAUGAUGUGUUGAACAUGCCCAAUUGGGGUUAUUAUGAACCCUUCAGAGGGGGACAUCUUGGUCUGCAGCUCAUGCCUGGUAUGACUGAUCGAGACACCAAGCCGUAUUUGCCUGCUCGUGAUCCAUCUGUGUUAAUGGGUGCUAGUGGAACUUUUCACCCUAGAGAUUGCGUUGUUUCCGAAGCACCAAUGCAGUUAAACUAUGUCAGAGAUAAUUGGACAAGCCAAAGGGAUAGGUAUUUCAGUAUGCAGCAGCCCACAAAUCCUAAUUAUGCUGUUCUUCCUGAAACAUCAGUAGCUCCCAACUUGCAAAUUAUACAACCACCUGAUACAUCCAGAGAUGAGAAAGUGGAUAGAAUUGAAGAGUUAGUUGUCAAAAAGGAAGGUGGUCAGUCAAAGAAAAGGCAGACUAAGGGUGCUCUGACGACCCCAAAAGCUAAGAAACCUAGGAAGCCGAAGGAUAAUGGCAAUGUUCCAGUUCAACGUGUGAAGCCCCCGAAGAAGACUAUGGAGCUUGUAAUUAAUGGAAUUGAUAUGGACAUUUCUGGUCUGCCCAUUCCAGUUUGUUCGUGUACCGGGAGUCCUCAGCAGUGUUACCGUUGGGGUUGUGGAGGUUGGCAAUCGGCCUGUUGCACCACAAAUGUGUCGAUAUAUCCUUUGCCAAUGAGCAUGAAAAGGCGUGGUGCUAGGAUAGCUGGGAGGAAAAUGAGCCAAGGUGCCUUUAAAAAGGUUUUAGAGAAACUUGCGGCUGAAGGAUAUAAUUUUGCUAACCCUAUUGAUCUGAAGACUCAUUGGGCCAGACAUGGCACGAACAAGUUUGUUACUAUCAGGUAGGUGCUGCCCAGGGUCUGAGACACAUGACAGUUGGUCUGUUUCACCUGUAUAUACACCUGUGUGGUCUUUCACACAGAUGUUGAGUUAUUUGUUAUCCAAGAAUUUUCUGUUGUGGUACUUCUACCUAAAAUUUGGAUAUUCCAGUUCUUUUGUUCUUUUUCCCUCUUCAGCUUUUAUGUGAUAAGGGGCAACCAUCUUAUAUGGCAUCAACAUUUAUGUAGAUGAGUUAUAACUAGAUAGACUAGUUUGGGAUAAUUCUCAUUCACCUUUAUUUAAAUUUGUCAAGAUUUUACAAUGCUUUGAA